AUGCACAACGACGAGACGGUGAUCUCAGAUGCGCCAGACAUGAUCAAUAAAGCGCCGAUCAUCCCUGGCCACUUGUCAGAUUCUGUGGCUUGCAUGUCGGGGUCAGAGCACACGAACACCACCAUCACCACCAACAGUUCAACAACCGAGUCCGUGCCUGUGCUUGUGCCUAGGCCCGGACCUGUUGAAGGACAUGGGACUGGAUCUGUUGUUGUUCAGGUUGCCGAGAAGAGUAGUGUCACUGGCUGUGGCUCUGGCAUUCAUAACCGCCAGAUUAUUAGCAACGCCUCCGUCACUGGCAUUUCCUCGGACCAUGGAGCUGGCGCAUCUGGCAUUUCUUCUUCCUCCUCUCUGUCACAGCAACAACAUCAGCAACAAAAUGGACAUGAGUUGGACAAUAAGGACUUGAACACCACCUCAACCGUCGUGGAAGAACAACAAGACAAUCUCAAGAACAACUCAGUCACCAAUAUCAGCAUUGACAAGACUUUCAUCAUGUGCCCCCCGAUCUGGACUCUGAGCAAUGCGCUGAUCGUUAACGCGUGGUCGUACUCCGGUCUUCCAGCCCCAGACCAGCAGCAGGACAUCAUACCACUUCGAGCCAAGCCGGCCCCGCAUCAGCCAGACCAUUCUGUAGACCACCCUAUCGACCACCCUGGCCACCAUCCAAAGGACCCUCAGCACCCCGGUGACCCCAGUGACGACCCUCAAGCAGAGGCUAGCGAGUCUAACCACAAUCAUCAUCCUGGUCACUGCCCGUGUGCUGCUCAACCCGGCUCGCAACCCCCCGCGUCCGCGCCGUUGACGACUUAUUUAAGGUCGUCCCCGUUGACGUCGGAGCUCCCCAGCGGCCCCAAGGGUGGCGAUCACGAUUCCACCAUCCAACCUAAUAAUCAACAACCGCCUACCAUGAUUUUCUCUGACCUGUACAAGUCACCCAGGUCGCCUCUGAACAAGCUCAGGCACUCGUUUCCUCACCACCAACAGCCGGUCGUCCUACCACCCGAUCUUGAUGCCGACCUUGUGAGCAAAGACAAGGCCAAGCAGAAGGAAGCUGUUAGGAGGUACCUCCUGGAGAAGAUUCGCACUGACUGGGAGUUCGAAUGGCCGCCUGUGACGGAGUCACAAUCGACAGAAGCACCAACAUCCAAUGAGAAGCAGCAGCAACAGAAGAGCGAUAUUGCUCAACCUCCAUCAGACAGCACCAUAGCGCCCAACGAGAAUGGCUCACCCAGGAUAGCAGAUGAGGCAGCCGCAGUUCAGACGUUUGACGACGAUGCGCCUCGGGAUCCAGGAGAGGAGGCAGAUUCGGAAUCGGACGCCGAGUCGGUCUACAGCACGAUAUCGGAAGAUCUCAUCCACUACCGUCCCCGAGCGGAAUGGACCUCCGAUCUUUCAGACAAUGACGAGCAGCCAGCUCCCAGAACCUCACCUUUUCGCUUCGACAGCCCCGACGCCGUCGGAACCGCCGUCACGUGCUCGCUAGAAGCCAAGCGGGCCAAGAGGAGGCGGGCAGUGAGAGACGAAGCCUCAUGGAACCCCGGGCUGGCCUGCUUCGAAGCUCGCCGUGAUGCCUGGACAGGCGCCAAGACGAUGCGCAUCAAGCCCAAGCCGAUGAGCCCCGUGUCUCCUACAACAGCCAUGUCGACGACCACCCGCCGUCUCUCCUUCUGGCGCCAUCACCGCUCCUCCGAGUCCACCAACACCGCUGCGCACCCAGUUGGCUCACCACCAACGGCGACAACAAACCUCACUGCUCCCCUUUCCCCCACCACAACUCGCGCCUCCCAACAAAGCGCCCAAAGCGACGCUAUAUCCGACACCUCGGCCCGGGGAACAGGCAACGCAACAGAUAGCACCGUCCCCUCUAGCAGCUCCCCCGCCCCC